AUGCCCGCGAUCCGACACUCAUCGAAGCGGAAGCCCCCGCCAGAGGGCUUCAGCGAUAUCGAGACCGACCUGCUCAUCUUUUCGAAUAAGAUGAAGGACGCCCAGAACAAGCCACCGCCCCAGGGUCCCAUUCACCAGGCGCAGUGGGAGAUUUUCCAGAUCGCCCACCAGCGGAGUCGAUAUGUGUACGACCUGUACUAUGAGAAGGAGGCGAUCAACAAGAAGCUGUACGACUGGCUACUGAAGAACGGAUAUGCGGAUGCGAUGCUCAUCGCGAAGUGGAAGAAGCAAGGCUACGAAAAGCUUUGCUGUCUUAGGUGCAUCCAGACUAAGGAGACCAACUUCAACAGCACGUGCAUCUGCCGAGUCCCCCGAUCGAAUUUGAAGGAUGAGCAAGACAUCGAAUGUGUUAGCUGCGGAUGCCGAGGCUGCGCUUCAAGCGACUAG